CGUAUUUCGUCGCGAUCCAUAAAGCCGUUCCGUACGUAUUUGUUUUACGAUCAAGCUACGUCGAUCAUAUAAAUCUCUUCCCUUGAACGAACUCGUAUCGCGCGUUGUAUAGCCAUGUACAUACGUAUAUAUAUAUAUAUAUAUUUAUGUAUGUACGUACGUACACGUUCCCUUCCUACUCGAAUUACUUGCGCUUAUUAACGCUGACGUAAAAUAUUAAAACGGUCGUGUAACGGGCGCAACAGACUGGUACCCCACGUGCUUCGUUAAUUAUAAUAUCUGCCCACACCUCGUGGUCGAUCUAUUCAGUAUUAAUCUGCACUGAGUCCUAAGGAUUAGAAUCGUAUCGCACGAAAUCGAGAUUACGCGUGGGUCGUAUCGAAAGAUCAUGGAAAGCGCGACGAGGCUUUCGUAUAUUCGUUGAUUUAUGCUCGAUUCGCAAAAGCCUUCUGGAUUAAUGAAAAGUAAGGGAAAGUUUACGAAUAGGAAUAUAAAUAGUUGAUAUUUAUGUAAUGAUUAGAAAUAUACUACAGAAUGAUAUUAUAGAGAAGAUUAGAGGAAUGAGUUUAAAGAAUUAUGAAUUAAUCGACUCUUCAUAUAAUAUUUUUAUCCAUUCAUUCGUUUCAUAUCGUUUAUAUAAUUAUUUAUUCUAAUCCGACAUUCAUUUUAUAUUUAUUUUGUUAAAUUUACUAUGCGAAGUUUACGCACAUAUACACCUACAUAUCGAAAGAUAUUUCUUUUUUUAAAGUCUCGCAUAACAGAAGGACGAACUUAUCGUGCAAGAAGCGAUCAUGGAUGAGAGUUUGGGUCACGUCUCUCAACAUUCACGCACGUACGCGCAAACAUAUACACAAAGCAAAAUACCCGUAAACAAGCAGAAUACACCAGCUUAACAGCAGCACCGUUCUUCGUGUAUCGGACAGUAGCAUCGUCGUCAGCGUAGGUAGUAAAAGCUAUGGAGAAGAUUAAGUUGAGAAGGAUUUUCGUCGUGGCAAAAGCUCGUAAAUAAACACAUCCAACAUCGAUUCCUUUGAUCGUUCGAAAGUUCGAAAGCCGAUGACACUCCCUGACCAACGUCAAGAAGAUUGAGAGGCAAGACAUUAGACUUUCUGAGAGUUGAAAGAGAAGAGGAAAAUAAGAGGCAAAAGAAGAGGAGGCGGAGUAGGAGGAGGAAGACGUCUUUCGUCUCUUCCCGUAGAAGACGAUGCCGUUCAUCGUAUUCUCGAAGAACCAUAAGAAACGUUGUCAUUUGCUGAGAGGAGCAGAAGAAGAAGAAGAGGAAGAAGAAGAAGAGGAAGAAGAAGAAGAAGAAGAAGAAGAAGAGAAAGAAGAGGAGGAAGAGGAGGAGAAAAAGGAAGAAAAGGACAGAAAUGAAGUCAAAGUGGCGCUGGUAGACCGGCGAAGGCUUUUAUAUGCACGAGAAAUGCUCUUUGCCGCUCACGGCGAGAUAUGAGCUCUAAAUUUAGCCGUAAGAAUUUUCGCAGCAUCUACACGCGUGGCUGUUCCCUCUAGUGACUACUAUUGCCGCUAUUUCGCGUCUUUUGCUUGAUUUUUACAGGACGAGUCACAUUGGGCUCGGAUUUAUACGAAGUCAAGUGUGCGGCUAAAGAGAGAUAAAGAGAGAGAGAGAGAGAGAGAGAGAGAGAGAGAGAGAGAGAGAGAGAGAGAGAGAAAGAGAGAGAGAGAAAGAGAAAGAGAGAGCGAGAAAAAGAGAAAGAGAAACUAAGAGCGGACAUACGUUCGUUCUUUCUCUUUCUCUCAUUCUCAUCUCGCUCUCUUUACAAAGCUAGUUUCUCGCAUUAACAGUACUAAAAGAGUAUACGUCUGUGUACAACCGUCUGUGUGUCUGUUCGUAAGAAUAGAAGAAUAGUAGACGACGAGAAGAGCAUCUUUAUUUUCGGAUGACUCUCUGAAAAGAUGCUGAUCACCAAGUACACUACGAUACUGCUGCAGUCGACCAAUCAGCAUAUCAUUAGAAGCGAUGUCUUCUUGGAACCGUAUCUGCAACAGCACGGGACCGUUCAGGUUGUCAGCUCGCCGAGCACGCCACCACCGAAUCCGCUCCAACAUCAUCAACUUGCGCAGUUACAUCAUGGACAGAGCGAAGAGUCGCUUUCUUCGGAAGGCUCGGCCACCUCGGGAGGAUCUUCAGGCACCACGGAAGAUUCUGGCAGCGAGGUGGCAUGUGACAUAACGCUGAUCGAAAGACUCAUACGAUCUCAUCCGAUUUGGUUCCUCCCGGGUAUUCAAAGAGCUGGCGCUUUCCACUUGUUGCAAGGAAAGGAGGAAGGGAACUUCGUAGUCCGACAAUCGAGUCAAAGCGACACGAUGGCCCUUUCGGUGAGAUUACCAGCCGGGAAGGGACCUUACAUCGAGCACUACCUGAUCCAAGCCAACAAGGGGAAGUUGAGCUUGGAAACAAGUGAGAACAGGUUCGACAACAUCCCCUCAUUGAUAGCUCAUUAUUCCCAGUGCUGUGAUGAGUUGCCAGUGCAAUUGACGCUACCGAGAGCAAUGCGAGAGGCCAAGAAUAGGCAACAACUUUCAUCACUAGCACUUUUAGGUCAAGAAUUUUGGAGAUAUCCGAUGGCGAAUCCAAAACCACCGGAGAGCAGUAGUAGUAACACAUCGAGUUUAAGUAGUUUCCAUGGUUGUAACAACAAUCAUAAUAACAACAAUAACAACGGUGGUACUCCGACGACAGAAAGCAUCGUUCUUAACCUCGCACCUAUUUCAUCUCACGAUACACAAAAUUCGUCACCAACAAAUACAGGAACGACGUCGACGUUUGCUUCAUCCUUACCACGACAGCCAAGACCAACGCCACCGAAUACGCUUAAUCUGACAACUUUUAAUGAGCCACUGGACGUAAAGAAAGACCAACACGAAGUCAUGUCUCCGUGUGAGAAGCUCUCGCAAAAAUUGAUCUCUCCGAACUUGGUGCAAAGCGUACGUUGCCCAUCACCCAUCGUUCAUAACGUCGAGAGCAACGUUCUUAGUCCCACUCAGGAUACUAAGGGAAACUUUGAGAGCACGAGAAACAUCCUUGAAACACCGAAGACGACGAUCGUCGAGUUUUCCAGAAGUAGCAAGUUUACCUCCAUCGGCACGUCGACAUCGAAUUUCCAUCAAAAUAUUUCCAACUUCAAUAAUCCCUCAUGCACGAAUUCACCUAUCAUAGCUGAUGGUCAGAUUGUUGGGCAAAACGUCAAAACUCCACCGCCACCACCACCAAGAUGGGCAAAACCUGGAUUAAGUCAAAAUCAAAGUAAUUUUACCGUGACCACAACCGUUACGUUCAAUGUCAAUCAAACUAACGACGUUAAUGUGUCACAGCAAAACACACCGACAGAAGCGAACACAUCAUUAUUGAGUCCGCAAAGUGCAACAUCCAACAAGUCUCUCACGUCGAACUUCUCCAUAAAAUCACCUCUUUCGCCAACAAUGCCAGUACUAUCACCCACAUCGAAACUAGUCUCCAACGUCGGUAGCAAAACACCAAACGUUCUUUCGCCCACGACACCAUCUAGCACUAGCAAGUCGAAACGACGACGUGAUCGCGAAGCUAGAAAGAAUUCCCAGCAUUAUCAAGAAUCUGAUAUCCUUGAUUCGUAUUAUCGUAGCUCACCAGGUGAUAAAAUCUCAGACUACGAGGAUAUUUGGAACACAACCGAUCAAUCGAAUCACUCUACUUGGUCACCGAAUGACAGACUUACACGUAACGAGCCACCCGGUAAUGCUCAGGAUCGUUUAAGAAAUUCCAACGAUCGAUUGAUCGGUCAAGAGAGAUUAUUUAGUCCGAUCGAGAGAUGUCCUAAUCAGAAAGACGACAGAUUGACGGGGAACAAGCAGUUAAUCGUAAGAAACGAGAGGUUCAUUUUGAGAAAUGACAAGUCGGUUAUAAAUGAGAAACUCGGUUAUAAGGAAGUUACUAGUCCAGAAUUCAGUAGUUUUAAACCCGUUCCUGAAAUGAAAAAUACCGAACAGAUAUCACCUGAAGAAACAGGAAUGGGAAGAAGGCCCGAUUUACUCUCUAGAGUUUGUAGUGCCAAUUCGCUGAACAGUCCUAAUGCAGUGACACCGCCAAGAAAUAAACUAGGAUUGAUACUCGCCAAAUCAGAAAGCAAUAGUCCUCUAACACCUGAAUCGAAACAAGGUAGUCCAUUUUACGCGGAACCAGCUGACGCGAUCGGUCAAAGCGCAGCGAUAAUACCAAGGAGAAGAUCGAAGAACAAUCCGGCAACAAAUAAAUAUCGUCAUAGCGAACCAGGCUGGCUACAAACACCGGUUGGCAAUAAUUCGAAUCAAUUACAUCCUAUCGACUGGGAGGAGACGGAAGAGACAGAGGAUAAGACACCAUUGAUAUCGUCGUCCGUCGACAAUUUAGCUAAACGCCUUGGUACGAGGGAAGUGAAAAAAAUUCCUCGGGCAAAACCCGUGCAACCACCAAAGAUUAGAGUCAAGGUAUUCAACGAUACAUCCUGGGCCGUGGAUUCGAGUUGGGAAUUUAUCGGAAACGAAGGAGACGAUUGUGAGCCAGAUUACGACUGUGAUGCAGAUUACGAUGGAGAAAACGUUGCGAGAAAGUUUCCGGACGAGGAGUGCGAUAAGGAUAUUGUAAGGAAUACUUUGACCGUUCAGAGUAUCAUUCUGCAACGGUACCCAGAAUUGUUAAAACCACCGGAUACGUCAGAGUCGGUGUAUAGCGACAGGAACUCCUCGUACGAUAAUGUCGAAAAGAGGAAUGAAAGAGAGGACACGCCGGAAUCGAGAAAGGAUCAAACGUACGAUCCAUCCGAAUGGGAAACUAUGUUAGAUACGGACGAGAGCGAUGUAGAGAGAAUCAAGAGAAACAAAAGCUUCAAGGAAAGACUGGAUCCUCUCUUGUCACCACCGAGAUUACAAGCUCUAAGAAAUCGUGAUGUGAGUGGUACUGGUUCAACGAUAAGAUCGUACGCCCUUCAAUUAGCAGCCGACAAAACAACCACGUUCUCCCAAAAUAUCGACAAUUUUAUUCAAUGCACGAAGGAAGGCAAGGAAGCGAGCCCUCAUGUGGUCAUGAGGAAUAUGCGACAAUUUAUGUCAGGAAUGAAGAAUUAUUUGGUGAAGCACGGUGAACGAGAGUUCGAGAAGGAAGUUGAGAAAGAGAGAUUAAAACUAAAACCGAACGAAUUUUUGAAUCUUGAUGCCAUUCUGGAAGGUGUGAUGAUGAGUCUCGUUGUACGGCCACUUAGAGAGCACGUUUAUAGGCUCUUCGUUGAUCAUUAUGCUAGCACAGGCUCUCUUCAAACGCUUGCUGAAAGUAUUCAACAUGCCCAGGGUAAACACGUUCAAGAUCUUGGUGUUCGACCAAAAAUUAUACCUCCGUCGGAAUCAAGUCUGGAACGUAUAUUGAAGUACCUCGAACGACUACAGAAAGCAGACUCCCCAUUGGAUAAGUUGGAGAAUUUAUUAGCUGCAAUAUCUGCAAUAUUUAACUCUAUUAAACAUGCCAAUUCCGGAAGGCACGUGACGCUAGGCGCAGACGAUCUUUUACCUCUUCUCGUCUGGGUAUUGGUUCGUGGUAAGAUCGUAGAUGCCGAGGUGGAAGCCGAGUAUAUGUGGGGCCUCCUUCAUCCUUCUCUCCUUACUGGAGAAGGUGGUUAUUACCUGACGACGCUCUCUAGUGCGGUGCACGUUUUGAAGACUUUCAAAUCCAGUCACGGAACAAUGUCCACGUUAAACGGCUGUGGAACGCCAGACUGUUCUUCUGUUCUACGUAUUCUUGUACCAGAUGAAUUACAUGGUUCUUUGAAUACUAGAACGUUACCAGUGCGGCCAAAUAUGAAUACCAGAGAUAUUUGCCGCAUUCUUGCACACAAAAUAAGAUGCACCAACCCUCAGGAUUAUGGUCUUUUCAAAUUGGUGCAAGGAGAAGAAACGCUGUUAGGCGAUCAUGAAUGCCCGCAAGAGCUCUCUCACUGCCUUUUUGCCUAUAAACGAAUCGAUGCGAAGAUAGCCUGGCCGAAAACCAGUUCUUGAACGUCGCGAAACAGCGUAUUUUUUAUUAAACUAAAUUAGAUUUGUAUCAUUCUCGUGUUGUUCGUAAGUUCGUGGCACAUUGUCAUUCUAUAAUUAUUCUACUCUGACUGAACUAUCUAAUAAGAUACGUCUAUGAAACUGGUGUGUCAAUCCAUGUAACUGAUUGUAUCUUAUAUACAUUUCAUGUUAUUGCGAAUAGUACCAUUGUUCUAUUAGAUCUGUACAACAUUUUCUCUCAAUCAGAAUUUUUUAGAGAUCUUUUUCAUUACAUUCUAUUCAUACAACAAUUUUAUUCCAAGAAGGCAUUGUUUCACGAUUAGUUUCUUUUUAAAGCACCCAUCUAACUUUACGUGAACAAUAAAAUGCUUUAUAAAGAUUCAUAUCUUAUCCUCAAAAUACUUGCCACUCUAGUACUUCUAGUACUUUUUAAUCAUAAAAAUUCUAAAAUAAUGCUAUAUCUCAUAAACUUAUAAAGAGAUAAAAUAUUCGACAGUAUGACUUAUUUUUCUUUUUAAUUGUUAACAUUUUUAUUGAAAGAUAUUUUCCUUGUUAAGAUAUGUGUAAAAUUCACAACCAGGUGGUUACCCCUGGAAAUAUUUCAAGCAGGUGCUAUUUUUAAAAAAGCUUGCUGUAUCAAACUGCGUUAUUUAAAACUAAGUUUUACGCGGAAAAUGAUAA